AUGAACGUCCAAUACAACUCGGCCCUGCGCCAAAGCAAGGCCAUCCGUAACGACCUCGAGAAGCUAUCCACAUCCGCUGCCCAACCCGCCGCUCUUACUCCCGCCGAGAUUGGCAACGUGUCCGCUUCUCUUGCCUCCUUCUCCAAGACUGUCGACGAAUACCACAACCUCGCCCGUCAGGAACUUGUCCCCAAGAAACAAGAAGAAGCCUUCGAGCGGGUGAAGCGUUUCCGCGAUGAUCUGGCCGAUUUCCGAUCGCAAGUCGACUCCCUCAAGAAGGCCCGCGAGGAUGCCAUCCACAACAACAACCGAGGCGAUCUUCUCGGCCGCAGAGCCUAUGUCACCUCAACCCCUGAGAACCCCUACGCCAACGUCAACAAGUCGUCGUCCUUCCAUAGCCGAGGUGCAUCCACGAGCCAGGCCAGUGGCGGUCUGAGUAUGGGUGGCAACGAUGUCACCAGAGAACAGCACGCCUUGCGGGAGCAGAAUUUCUUCGCUAGCACCAACUCGGCCCUCGAUGAGUACAUUGCGCGAGGGCAGGCGGUGCUGGGUGACCUAGGAACACAGCGCGAAAUGCUCAAGAACACACAGAAGCGACUUUACUCGGUCGGCAACACGCUAGGUAUCUCGGGCGACACCAUCCGCAUGAUUGAGCGCCGGGCAAAGGAGGACAAGUGGAUUUUCUGGGCCGGUGUCAUCAUUUUCUUCCUCUUCUGCUGGUUGGUCAUCCACUUCUUGCGGUGA